AUGACAUCGAUCAAGCUAAAGAAGUCCUCUAAACGUUAUCGAACCGAUCCAGAACUGCGUCCAAGUGCUGGUCGUGCCGCUCCGGGAAGUGUUGAACGACUUCAAUACCUCGAAGCCCUUGUUAACGAAUUGUGCGUUACCAAUCUCAUCGAAUACAAGCAGCAGAUCGUUGCCAAUCUCGGAAACUUUGCACACGACCCUCGUAACUGCCCGCAACUAAUCAGUCUUGACGUCCAUCUUAUCCUCCUUGAAAUCAUCCGCGAACAUCUUCAAAUAGUCCUCUCUCCAAAUAGCCAAAGGAAAGCUGCUGCGGCUUCCGAAAAACUCGUAUCUCUAGCUGUAGCAGGAAUCUGUAAUCUAGUUACUAGUUCUCAGAGUCUGCGUCUUCGUUUCUCUCACAAUCAGCAGGAACUCUCGCCAGUCCUCACUUGCCUUCAGUCCCCUGCUCUUGAAUCAGGGACUUGGGUUAACUGUCUCACUAUAUUUGUUCACCUAUGUGCCCCUUCCGUCCAUCUAGAAGAACAAAAUUGUGUCUUCUUUGAAUCAACCAGCUCAACUACCGCUUUCCACACCUCGGUCAGAAAACAUUUCCCCACUGUUGUUGAGUUUGCUCGCGGCUUGUUAGCUGGAGGCACUGAAGAUCCACGACUUCGAAAUCUUGCAACCAUUUUUCUCACAGAUUGCUGCGGUGAUACUUGCAAUAACAGUUCGGAAUGA